AUGAAUCUUCGGGACACCAUCUCAGGCAUUGUCCUGGCUCUUGCCUGGGCUAGGACUGUCCAAGCGGAUCCUAUACCACUCCUCAAGCCAGAACCCAUCGCUCCAGCCGGCGCCAUUCUGGCCAGGCAGACCAUCACCCCUGGUGGUGCUCCUUGUGGCGAGCAUGGUCCAACAAACCGACGUUGCUGGAAGAACAACUGGAACGUCAGCACAGACUAUGAGGGCGUCAUCCCCACAGGAACUACUCGGACGUUUGACUUGUACAUCACCAAUGUAUCCUCAUAUGCCGGGGCUGAUGGUGUCGCCAAGCCGGUCAUGCUGAUCAACGGUGAGAUAACAUCCGUUCGUAUUAUAGGAGCCUUCCCCGGUCCAGCCAUACAAUGCGAUUGGGGUGAUUGGUUGGAACUCCGUGUUCACAAUCAGCUCCGAGACAAUGGCACCGGGAUUCAUUGGCAUGGGAUGCACCAGCUCAAUAGUAACAAUCAGGAUGGCGCAAACGGAGUCACCGAGUGUCCUAUUGCCCCAGGAAGCAGCAGAAGUUAUACUUUCAGGGCUGUAAACUAUGGUUCCAGCUGGUUUCACAGUCAUUUCUCGACGCAAUAUGGCAAUGGUAUCGUGGGAUCUGUCAUUGUCCAUGGACCUGCCAGCGCGAAUUACGACGUUGAUCUUGGUCCAUACAUAAUCACGGACUGGUAUCAUGAGACAGCAGACAGGUUGCAGCUUAGGGCGGAGACGGGUGGCCCUCCGGUAGCUAACAACAUAGUCUUUAACGGCACAAACAUCAACCCCAAAGGCAGUGGAGGUCGUUAUAACCGCGUCAAGCUGACUAGGGGCAAAAAGUAUCGGCUGCGAAUCAUCAACACGUCGGUAGAUGUUGGCUUCACCGUUUCGCUCGUUGGACACAACUUUACGGUCAUUGCUACUGACCUCGUUCCUGUCGAGCCAAUCGUCAAAUCCCAACUAUUCCUCGGAGUUGGUCAGCGAUACGACGUGAUAAUCGACGCAAACCAGCCCGUUGCCAAUUACUGGUUCAACGCCACACUUGGAGGCGGCGGCCGCUGUGGUACUACCGACAAUCCAUUCCCUGCAUCCAUUUUCGAGUACGAGGGUGCGCCCAGCAACGCCAAUCCCACAAACCGUGGAACACCCAUCACUGCCGACUGCCGCGAUUCUACUGGCUUUGCACCUGUGGUGAAGCGUGUAGCCCCGAGAGAUCAGUUUGCUGCGCAAUUCAAGGAGUUGCCCGUAGAUUUGACGCAGGUCCUUACAACCCGCGGUACUGUUUUCCAUUGGUUGGUCAACGGAUCCGCCAUUGACGUGGAGUGGGACAAGCCCAUCCUUCAGUACAUCGCGGAGAAAAACACAUCCUGGCCUCGCGCUGCAAACGUCGUUAGCAUGCCCAGACGCAACGUGUGGACGUUUUGGGUCAUCAACAACCUCCGGGCCGGGCUUCCGCAUCCUAUCCACCUACACGGACACGACCUCCUACUCCUGGGGACGGGUGAAAGCGGCACUUUUGACGGGACACGGGAUAUUGAUUUGCUCAACUUCAAUAACCCCGUCAGGAGGGAUGUAGCGAUGCUGCCCGGUGGGUGGAUGGUGCUCGCGUUUGAGACCAAGAACCCUGGUGCAUGGCUGAUGCACUGCCAUAUCGGCUGGCACGUCAGUCAGGGGCUGAGCGUUCAGUUUCUCGAGCUUCCGGAUGAAAUACCCAACGUUAUGAAGCUUGACCAGGUACAGCCUACUUGUGAAGCAUGGAGGCGGUAUUGGCCUACCGCUGCUUAUCCAAAGCUGGACUCUGGUUUGAGGAGAUAA